UAUGAAAAUACUAAACUUCCGUGUAGCGUAUGUCACGCGAGUGUUUUCAUAAUUUCCCCUCAGACCUGGUGGUCGUCUGUUGCACAGUUAACUUUGAUGAACGGUACGUGACCUCUGGAUUUAAUGUGCAUUGUUUUAUGCAUCAUGUGAGGACGUCGGCAAGGUCUGGGAUGAGGAACUCUGACCUGUGGAUGUUGAUAGUCAAACCAUGGAUGUCCUGCGGGUGCUUUUAGUCACCAUGGGACGGAUCACCACAUUCAAAUCCUAUCAGAUUGUGUUGCUCCUGGCUGCAGCUAUGGCAGUCGUAGCGUUUUAUUACUUUGGAUCUGAAAACCAGAACUUCUCCAGCACCACAAAACGAAUCAAGGAAACGCAAGCGAGCCACAACACCAACCGAGAAGAUGCAGAUCUGUCCUUGGACAUCAGGUCUGGACAUGCUGAAAGCAGGAUGGGAACUAAAGAAGAUUUGGAGGAGAAGCCGAUGGGAAUCAAGCACUUUCAUGCUCUCAUGAUGUUCACUAAGGUCGACAAGAGUUUGAACCUGCAGAAUAAGUUUCAGGUGGCCAUGCGCUCCCUAGCCAAACAUGGACGCUUUCUAGAGGAUGAGAUGCUGGUUCUGCAUUUUGUCUCUGAUGCUGGCAGUCAGGAGCUGGGGGAGAGGAUGCUACAUGAACUUUUGCUGGAAGCAUCGUUCCAGUACCAGGUGGUGUUUCACAAUGUGGACUCGCUUACAGAGAAGUUAUUCCCCAUCGUGGAGGCCAUGCAGAAGCAUUUUAGCGCAGGGUCUGGUGCAUACUACAGCGACGCCAUCUUCUUUCUGUCUGUGGCAAUGCAUCGCAUUAUGCCUGCAGCACUGACGAGAAUUAUUCAGCUGGAUCUGGAUCUCAAAUUUAGGAGCAACAUCAGAGACCUUUUCCAAGAGUUCAACCAUUUCCCACCUAAAGCUGUCAUUGUCGCACGAGAGAUGCAGCCGGUUUACAGACACACUUUCUGGCAAUACCGCAAAGAAAAUCCCAAGGCUCGUGUUGGUGACCCACCACCGGAGGGUCUGCCAGGCUUUAACAGUGGCGUGAUGCUUCUGAACCUCGAUGCCAUGCGUAGCUCAACCUUAUAUAACCAGCUUCUGGAGCCCGAGCGGGUGGCACAGCUCGCAGAGAAGUAUCACUUCAGAGGGCAUCUGGGCGAUCAGGAUUUCUUCACCAUGAUCGGUAUGGAGCACAGAGAGCUGUUUUAUCCUCUGGCCUGCGGCUGGAACCGACAGCUGUGCACGUGGUGGAGGGAUCAUGGCUACGGUGAUGUUUUCCAGCUGUACUAUCACUGCGAUGGGCCGGUCCACAUCUACCACGGCAACUGCAACUCUCCUAUACCUGAUGACUGAGUACUCAAUUAUUAAACUUUAAGCUUUGGAUGACAUUUAGAGUUUUGAUUGCACAUUUUGCCUAUAGGUCCUAAUAUUGGCACACUUAUUUCCAGAUCAGUAUUAUGCCACAUAUUCAAAUCAUUACCACAUUUUAUUCAACUGAGCUUAAUGGUGUCUUUCCAAAAUAAGUUCCAGUACGAUUUCACCAACGGCUUUGAUUCUUAGCAGUUUGAGAUGUAGGUGUCUUAUCAGGAGGCUUUGGGAGAGAGCCAAUCAGGGCGCUUUCCCUCCCCAUCAUUCCUUUGUUCACAGGUUGAAAACACAUUGGCAUGCUCAUUUUCCUAAAACAGUGUCAUACAGAUGAAUAAACUCCCAUACACAUUAUUACCUUGUUUUUACACUCUCAAUGGAUAAUUUGACCACAUUAUGUGCACCGCAACCCUUUAUACCAGCAAUUACUGCAUACAUAUGGCACAUUUUUCUUUUAUCCGUAGUUUUUACUCACUGAUGAUUCAGAGGGAUUGACCCAGUUUCCCGACUUUGUCUGUUUGUGAACCUGUCAUGCGGCUUUAAACCGAAUGUUGAUGUUGGAAAUCAGAUUUCUCUGUCAUGGGCGAGUGCAUCAGUUGUAAUCACCUCCGAAAGCCAAGAUAACAUCUCGGACAUCUGAUUGGUGGACUCGUCUGAGGCCUAAGGUUGGAAGAGGACAUUCCUGCUUGAUCUGUGUGAGAAAUGGGAAGUGGGAUUGGGUGGAUAUGCAAAACAUAUACAGGAGAUUAAGAGGGCAGAGCUCGAGCUGUUGUGGUUGGCUGGUACAUCGAGCGACUCUGCUAUUGGCAAACCUCUGUAGGAUUGUGUAAAACGCUUGCAAUAACUUUCACAAUGUCAGAUCAACAGGGUGGAGGGAUGGAGAAUCUCCCUGGACUCCCUGGCGCUGAUUUGUAAUAAAUCUUUGAAGUGUGUUGCCAGUCAGCCGUGAGAUCCCUCUUUAGACUCUAUUGUGUCAAUUGCACGAUAUUGUAAAGAUCAGCAGAACACGUCUUGGUUUUUAGUUAAUUUGUUUUUUGUGCAAUAGUUUUGUCUAGCUGGUUCAGUAUGGAUAAUUUUGGACUGAAACUAGCAAUUAUUUGUUUAUGAGCAGAACAGAUUUCCAUGUAAAUUUUCAUAAAACCAUUUUCGGUUCAAAACAAAACAAUCAGGUAACAUUUUACAAUAAGGUAUUGGUUAACAUUAGUUAAUGCAUUAGCUAACAUGAAAUAACAAUGAAUAAUGCUCAUUUUAGUUUCAGUUUUACUAAUACAUUUCUAAAAUUAAAAGUUGUAACGUUAAAGAGACACCACUUUUUUGAAAAUAUGCUCAUUUUGCUGCUCCCCUAGAGUUAAACAUUUAAUUUUUACCGUUUUGGAAUCCAUUCAGCCGAUCUCCGUGUCUGGCGGUACCACUUUUAGCAUAGCUUAGCAUAAUCCAUUGAGUCUGAUUAGACCAUUAGCAUCGCGCUCAAAAAUAACCAAAGAGUUUCAAUAUUUUUCCUAUUUAAAACUUGACUCUUCUGUAGUUACAUUGUGUACUAAGACUGACGGAAAAUUAAAAGUUGCAAUUUUCUAGGCAGAUAUGGCUAGGAACUAUACUCU